GUUUUUUUUUAUAGUUGCUGCGUACUAGCCUUUUUGUUCGAAACCAAAUUUUUUCAUUUAAAUUUGCGUAUCGAACAAACAAGAAUCCACAACUUCAUCAAUAGAAAUCUACAUCUUAUCUUUUAUAAAAAGAAAAGAAAAGACGACAACACAGCAAAUACAAGAGGAAAAUAUACGUCGUGAAAUUAGUUUCUAAAUCAAUAAUCAACAAACAUUUAUUUUCCCAGUUUCAUUUCGUAAAUCGUUAUUUUUAAUCGAUAAAAAAAUUUUCAUUUUACUCGCAAAAAAACAACAAAAAAUAAUCAAAUUUUAAAAAAAAAAUACAUAUUUAUUUAAAAUGAGUGGACAUCCAUUUGCCUUUUCAUCUGCACCUCUUCGACGUGUUGAUGCUAUUCAAUUUGGCAUUCUUUCUCCUGAAGAAAUUAAAGCAAUGUCCGUAGCCAAGAUCGAAUACCCCGAAUUAUAUGAAGAAGGCACUCAGAAGCCUAAACCUGCCGGUUUAUUAGAUCCUCGUAUGGGUACAAUUGACCGUAACUACAAAUGUCAAACUUGUGGUGAAGGAAUGGCAGAGUGUCCAGGCCACUUUGGUCAUAUUGAACUUGCCAAGCCUAUUUAUCAUAUUGGUUUCUUGUCAAAAGUGAAGAAGAUUCUUGAAUGUGUUUGCUUUCAUUGUUCAAAACUUAAAGUAGAUGAGUCAAAUCCUCGUUUUGAAAGAGCAAGAAGAAUUGCUGAUUCUAAAGCAAGACUUAGAGCUGUCUGGGAUCUUGCAAAAGCCAAGAUGACUUGUGAAGGCAGUGAUGAUGUUGAUGAUGAUUUGGAUAUGAAGGAAGAGUUUGAUAGCGGAAAACGUAAAAGCAAUCAUGGUGGCUGUGGUUAUAAGCAGCCUCUCAUCCGUAAAGAUGGCUUAAAACUAUAUGCUCAAUUCCGUCCAAGUCCUGGCGAUGAUUCUGGUAAUGAAGGAAGACAGCAAUUGACUGCAGCUAAAGUAUUACAGAUUCUCAAAAAUAUUUCGGAUAAAGAUAUUCGUGAUAUGGGCUUAUCAGAAGAAUUUGCUAGACCUGAAUGGAUGAUUAUCACCGUCUUACCUGUUCCUCCUCCACAAGUUCGUCCAUCCAUUCAAAUGGACGGUACUAGUCGUGGUGAAGAUGAUUUAACUCACAAGUUAUCUGAUAUUUUGAAGGCUAAUUCAAAUGUAAAGCGUUGCGAAUCUGAAGGUGCACCAGUACACGUAGUUCAAGAAUUUGAACAACUUCUACAGUUCCAUAUUGCUACUUAUAUGGAUAAUGAUAUUGCUGGCCAACCUCAAGCUCUACAGAAGUCCGGUAGACCUCUUAAGUCUAUUCGUGCUCGUCUUAAGGGUAAAGAAGGCCGUCUUCGUGGUAAUCUUAUGGGUAAACGUGUAGAUUUCUCUGCACGUACCGUCAUUACUGGUGACCCUAAUCUUGCUGUAGAUCAAGUUGGUGUCCCACGUAGUAUUGCUCGAAACUUGACUUAUCCUGAAAUUGUUACCCCAUACAAUAUCGAUAAGCUUCAAGCAUUAGUUCGUAAUGGCCCAUUGGAGCACCCUGGUGCUAAAUAUGUCAUUCGUGAUAAUGGUGAACGUAUUGAUUUGCGUUAUCGUAAACGUGCUGGUGAAAUCCCUCUUCAAUAUGGUUAUAAAGUAGAAAGACAUAUCAACGAUGAUGAUGUAGUUAUCUUUAACCGUCAGCCUUCUCUUCAUAAAAUGUCUAUGAUGGGGCAUCGUGUUAAGGUUAUGCCUUAUUCUACUUUCCGUUUAAAUUUGUCAGUUACUUCUCCUUAUAACGCAGAUUUUGAUGGUGAUGAAAUGAAUCUUCAUGUUCCACAAUCAUUAGAAACAAGAGCUGAAAUUACUGAAAUCUGUAUGGUUCCUAAACAAAUUGUAUCUCCUCAAUCUAAUAAGCCUGUUAUGGGUAUUGUGCAGGAUACACUCUGCGGUAUUCGUAAAUUUACGUUACGAGAUUGUUUUUUGACAAAGGAUUUGGUAAUGAAUAUUGUCAUGUGGGUUCCCUCUUGGGAUGGCUAUAUUCCUACUCCUGCCAUUCUUAAACCUAAACCUAUGUGGACAGGUAAGCAAAUCCUUUCAAUGGUUAUCCCUAAGGGUAUCAACUGCUUGACUUUCCACUCUACUCAUCCUGAUGGUGAAACAACUUUGAUUUCCCCUGGUGAUACUCGUGUUAUCAUCGAAAAUGGUGAGCUUAUUUGUGGUAUUGUUUGUAAAAAGACAGUUGGUACUUCUAGCGGUGGCCUUGUCCACACGAUCAUGAACGAAUUAGGACCCGAAGCAGCAAAGAACUUCUUGGGAGGUACUCAACAAGUUGUGAACUAUUGGCUCUUACAAAACGGUUUCAGUAUUGGUAUUGGUGAUACAAUUGCUGAUAAAACUUCUAUGGCUACAAUCACCAAUAUUAUUUCUCAAGCCAAACAACGUGUACAAGAGGUUAUUAUUACUGCUCAACAAGAUAAGCUUGAAGUUCAACCUGGUAUGACAUUGCGUGAAUCUUUUGAAGCUAAAGUCAACCAAACAUUGAAUAAAGCUCGUGAUGAUGCUGGUAAAAUGGCUCAAAACAGUUUAAAGGAAGAUAACAAUGUUAAGCAGAUGGUAAUUGCUGGUUCAAAGGGUUCAUUUAUUAAUAUCUCUCAAAUGUCUGCUUGUGUUGGUCAACAAAACGUGGAAGGUAAACGUAUUCCUUAUGGUUUCAAAUUCCGUACACUCCCCCACUUUUCAAAGGAUGACCAUAGUCCCGAAAGUCGUGGUUUUGUAGAAAAUUCUUAUUUACGUGGUUUAACACCUACUGAAUUUUUCUUUCACGCUAUGGGUGGUCGUGAAGGUCUAAUCGAUACUGCUGUUAAGACUGCUGAAACUGGUUACAUUCAACGUCGUCUUGUAAAAGCAUUGGAAGAUGUUAUGGUUAAAUAUGAUGGUACUGUUCGUAAUUCACUAGGCGAUAUUAUUGAAUUUUGUUAUGGUGAAGAUGGUAUGGAUGCUAUGACAGUUGAAAAUCAGAAGUUUGUCUCACUCAGAUGUGGUGAAGAAGAUUUUAUAAAACGUUACAAAGUAGACAUUAUGAAUCAAGGCUUUAAAAAGGGUAGCCUUAAUUAUAAUGUAUUAAAGACAAUUGAAGGUAGUGAGUCUGCUCAGGAAUACUUGGAUCAAGAAUUCAACCAAUUGAGUAUUGAUCGUCAAUUGUUAAGAACCCAAAUCUUCAAGCAAGGUGAUGACAGAUGGCCUUUGCCAGUUAAUCUUCUUCGUUUAAUUACCAACUCUCAGCAAAUCUUCCACUUAGACCCUCGUAAGCCUUCUGAUAUACAUCCUCUUCAAGUCAUUGAUGGUAUUAAUUCUCUUGUUACACGUUUGCUUGUUGUCCGUGGCAAGGAUAAGAUUUCAAAUGAAACCCAAAAAAAUGCUACACUACUUUUCCAAAUUUUGCUUCGUUCAACUUUUGCUGUUAAGCGUGUAGUUGAAGAAUUCCACUUAACUUCUCAAGCUUUUGAAUGGAUUCUCGGAGAAAUUGAAUCUCGCUUCUUAACUUCAGUUGUAGCACCUGGUGAAAUGGUUGGUACAAUUGCUGCUCAAUCUAUUGGUGAACCUGCUACUCAAAUGACAUUGAAUACUUUCCACUAUGCUGGUGUCUCUAGUAAGAAUGUCACUCUUGGUGUACCUCGUUUGAAGGAAAUUAUCAAUGUUGCUAAGAAUAUUAAGACCCCUCGUCUUGAAGUCUGGCUUGACGCUGAAAGAUCUCGUAAUAUUGAAUUAGCUAAAGAAGUGCAGGUUUAUCUUGAACAUACUACAUUACAAAAGAUCACAUCAGUAACUGAAAUUUAUUACGAUCCUGACCCAAGAAAUACAGUAAUUGAAGAAGAUGCUGAUUUUGUAGAUACCUACUAUCAACUUGAAGAUGAUAAUUCACCAUUUGUUACUCGUGUUUCACCAUGGUUACUCCGUAUUGAAUUGAAUCGUGGUAUGAUGAUUGAUAAGCGUCUUAAUAUUACUGAAGUUGUUCAGAAAAUCACUGAAGAAUUCCGUAAUGAUCUUCAUGUCAUUGGUAGUGACGAAAACUCCGAGAAAUUGAUUAUUCGUUGUAGAGUUAUGUUAGAUGAGAAUGAAGAGAAGGAGAUGGAUGAUGAAGAAGGUAGACCUGAAGAGGACACUUUCCUUCGUAAAUUGGAAGCUAGUAUGUUAAGCUCAAUUGAUCUUCGUGGUAUACCCGGUAUUAAAAAAGUCUAUAUCGUUGAACGUAAAAAUACUGCUCUUAGUGAGAAGGGCAUAUUCGAGACUACUACAGAAUGGGGUCUUGAUACGGAUGGUAUCAAUCUUCAACAAGUUAUGUGUCAAAUAGGUGUAGAUGAAACUCGUACUUACUCCAAUAAUACUGUUGAAAUUAUGGAGGUACUUGGUAUUGAGGCUACUCGUAAGGCACUUCUUAAGGAAUUACGUAACGUUAUUGAAUUCGAUGGUUCUUAUGUUAACUAUCGUCACUUGGCUUUGCUUUGUGAUGUUAUGACUAAUCGUGGUCACUUAAUGGCCAUUACUCGUCAUGGUAUUAAUAGAGCAGAGACUGGUGCUUUAAUGAGAUGCUCUUUUGAAGAAACUGUUGAAAUUCUUAUGGAAGCCGCAGCAGUUGGUGAGCUUGAUGAUUGUAAGGGUGUUACAGAAAAUAUUAUGUUAGGUCAAACUGCACCUCUUGGUACUGGUGAAUUUGAUGUGAUGUUAGAUGAAGAAAUGUUGCAAACUGUUCCUCAAGAUCACAGACAGAAUAUGCCAAUGGGCUUGGCUGGUGAUAUGACCGGAUUUGCUACACCUGGUCCAGGUUAUAUGACUCCUAAUAUGGCGACUCCAUACGACACACGUUCACCUGAUUGGGUUGAUUUCUCACAGCCUUCAUCACCUUCAGAGCCGAUGUUCUCUCCUAUUGGUAAUUCAGGUGCUGUUGCUUCCCCUGGUUAUUCACCAGCUUCUCCUACUUAUUCACCCACGAGCCCUUCAUAUUCACCCACUAGCCCAAGCUAUUCACCAACUAGUCCAAGCUAUUCACCUACUAGUCCUAGUUACUCACCAACGAGUCCUAGUUACUCACCUACUAGUCCUAGUUAUUCACCUACCAGUCCUAGUUAUAGCCCUACGUCACCAAGCUAUAGUCCCACAUCGCCUAGUUAUAGCCCUACAUCACCUAGUUACAGUCCUACUAGUCCAAGUUAUAGCCCAACUUCGCCUAGUUAUUCACCUACUAGUCCAAGCUAUAGCCCUACUUCACCAAGCUAUAGUCCUACGAGUCCUAGUUACUCACCUACUAGUCCCAGCUAUAGCCCUACAAGUCCUAGCUAUUCACCUACUUCACCUAGCUAUAGUCCUACUAGUCCCAGCUAUAGCCCAACUUCACCAAGCUAUAGCCCUACAUCUCCUAGCUAUUCGCCAACGAGCCCAAGCUAUAGCCCAACUUCACCAAGCUAUAGUCCCACUUCGCCUAGCUAUAGUCCUACUUCACCAAGUUAUAGUCCCACUUCACCAAGUUAUAGCCCAACUAGUCCUAAUCGUUAAGUAUUUCAUUGAUAAGAGUUUUAAAAAAAUCAUUUAUAUAAAUAUAUAUUACAUUUAUUAACAAAAAAAAGUGCUAACUGUAAUCACAACAAGCGUUAAAUAAAAGCUAAAUUUAUUAUGUGGGUUUUAUUUAAAAUAAAUAAAUUAUUAUUAAAAAAUCCCUUUUAAUGGUUGGUGUAUUACAUAAUGAAUAAAUUAAAACAAGCAAAGUUAUUUAAUUAUUG